ACUGGCGCCGGACUUGAGGUUAUCAGAGGCGCGUGCGCGACGCCACUCUCUGUCGCCUCGCACAUAAAUAUCACGUUCGCAAGACAUUCGCAUUAUUACUCUUGUAAUUCUUCAACAUAACAGACGUCACAUUAUUCGAAAUGGUUAAGAGUUUUCUUCGUGGUGACACUUGCGGUUUUUGCAACGCUUGUGUGCGGGUUCGCUUGUGCGCUGCGAGGGGAAGGAGCCCUGAACCUUUGGAGUGUGCCUACAAACACAUAUUGGAAUCGUACGGCAGUGGAGCAGAGAAGGUGAAUAAAGAGCCUGAAUCACCGAAAUCCGUGUGCUCUUCGUGCAGGUGGACGUCGGAUGCACAGUUUCCUGAGACGCCAUCUUCUAUAAGUGAUCUCAGCUUAGAGUGGAAUUCGCGAUCGUCACAGCGCUCUAGGACUCGACGACGCAAAAGAUAGUUGCAGGAGCUUCUCUAUGGAAUAUCAGCACCAAGACCCUGACUGCAUGAUGAUUUGUCAUCGAAUGUUCGUCCACAUGUAUGCCAUAAUCGGAACACAAGCGAAGGCACGAAGUGGUGGUAACAUAAUAAGACAACACAACAGUUGAAUGUAUCAAUUUUUAAAAAUAAAUUUAUAAUAAUCUAAGAAUUACUUUUAUUUAAAGCACUCACCCAUUAUAUAACAAACCUAUGAAUUAUAUGAUGUAUAAAUUUAAAUGUAUAUAACUGUACCUAUUUACUUGUCAAAUAUAAUAUAAA